CCUUCCGCCUCCCCAAUAAACCUAUCCCAUUCACUUCAAGACUGCGUCAGCCAAUCUGCGCCCGCGCGCGCCCAGACUCUUUUGGCCAAUCGUUUGGCUCUACAUCACUAGGCGUGACCUUGCUUUGGAAGGAACACAAUUUGCCCCGCCCCUCAGCCAGAGCAGGAUGCCGAUUGGUCAGGGUUCAGUAAACCGCUAGGUAAGCCCCGCCCCCCGGGUGCCUGGCACACCAUUGGCUCUCCCUCUGGCCAAUCUCCACACCCUUCCUGAGCACUCUAUUCCCUUAGCCCUUCCAACCCCGGGAGAUUUAAACUGGACUUCGGUAGCGAGUACUGCUCUUUAAGAUAAUACCUGGAGAGAGUUGUUUGGGUGACAGGGUGUUUUAAACUUUUCUUUCCCCUUGCUUCUUUCUUGUGUCGUUACUUGGGCCUUUUCAUCUUCGUUUUUCUUGCCUUCCGUUGGAGAUGGAGCAUUUGCCACCGGUAUGGCAGAUGUUGAGGCGAGACAGAAAGGAGGUAUGUGAAGAGUCUUUGUUCUCUGGGAUUGAGAUGGUGAGUGUGGGAGUCAGCACAGAGCCCUGCCAUGCUAGGUGGGAGGUAGAGACAGAUGAAGUUGUUCUACAGCGGCGGCAAAAACAGAUAGAUUAUGGCAAGCGCACACCUGGUUACCAGUGUUUCCUGCAGCAGGUCCCCAAGGCAAAGCGACAGCCAGGACUUCACCCUCAAACACCAAAUAAGAACAGGAGGUACAGCCGUCGCUCGUGGGAUGCCCAAAUCAGGCAGUGGAGAAGAGCUCUACAUUCUUGGGACCCCCCCAGCCAGCCUCUGCAGGGCAGUCGGGCUGAGGGGCAGGGGAUGGAGCAUCUCUUAGAGCCAAUGGGUUCCACCCCUUUGGAUGACCUUUUGGAUGACUGGUUCCAGGCCCUAGAACCCUCAACGAAUCUGGAUGGAGACCAGAAGGGAGCCCAGUUUGCAGACUUGGUGGCUCCUGCCUACUCCCUUCCCUGGCUCUGUGAGGAAGAUCCCCACCACUGGUGCUACUUUGUAGCUGAUCAGUUACAUAUCUGUCCUAGACUUGAGUGGGGCAUAAAAUAUUUAGAGAAAACAGACGUCUUUCAAGGGACUUGCUGCUAA